AUGGCCGCCCGAAUUCCGGCGUGGAAGAAGCUCGGAUUGCAGCUCAAGAACGCCGCUACCUCUGUUAUUGAGAAUACCUCUUUUCAGUCAAAGGGAACCAAGAAGAGACCUCUGACGUCGGAGAGCGAGGAAUCUAAUGGAAAAAAACCCCGGGUAGAGAAUGUCAAGAUCAAUGAAAAAACGAAACGGGAAAACACCAAAGAGAAUACAAAUGACAAGACACCCAGAAAUAAGGCCACAAAUCCGGAAUUGGUAUUGUCCCUUGAGUCAUCCUCUGUGGAAAAUCAAGAUAACAAACCUCUCUCCAAGCCCAAAUCCAAGAAAAUAAAAUCCGUUUCCUUCGCUGAGGAUACAAAAUUGGAAGAUGGGGAUGGAGUUGUCGCAUUGGAACUUGAAAACGAGCACGAGGAUGCUCGCGAACCUAGCCCAGCCGUUGCAAGAAAGGCGGAGAAGAGGAAACUGAAGCGAGAACAGCGCGCAAAGAAUCGCCCGGACUCAACCUCCAAUGCCCCUCCCCCUCCAAUCGACCCGACCCUGCAAUACCUUACGCUCUACCACAAAUCCCGUGCUCAAUGGAAAUUCCAGAAGAAUCGCGAAACACAUCUGCUUAAGCACGCGCUAUCGGUAGAUCGAAUACCUUCGACAUACAACGCUUCAUUGGCUGCAUAUCUUGCCGGCAUAAAGAGUGAAGGGGCGAAGAAGAGAGUUGCAGAGGCUGCCGUAGAAGCUAUCAAAGCAGAUGAUGCUGAUGUCGAUUCGGGGGAGAAUGGUGGUGGUGGUAGUGAUGCGUCUGAGAAGGAUAGGUAUAGAAAUUCGAUAUCGUCGUUCAGGAAACGGUUGGUGGGGCUAGUGGCCGCAGAUCCACACAGUUGGGAAGGAGACAUGUUUGGUGACGAAGCUACAGACCUAAAUGCCGAUUGGCUUAAAAAGCUAGAAAGGAGGCGGAGAGCAGAAUUGGUUCUUCAUUUUGUUGGUGGCAGUGUACCGGCUGCUGAAGCGGCCAAGCUUCAAGCAGAGUCGAGACCAGGGGUGAGUGAGAAGAAGAAGCAGAAAAAGCAGAAGCGGAAGAAGAAUAGGACGAACGUUAUAGAGGAUACCAGCAGCAGCAGUAGUGGUAGCAGCAGCAGCAGCGAGACCGAUAGUGAUAGCGACAGUGAUAGCGAUGAUUUCAACUCAAAGCCUACUACGGAACAAGUGAGUGAAAUUACGAAAAGCACAACAAACGGACUUCACAAUGACUCUUCCUCCUCAUCGGAGUCAGAGAUUUCAUCAUCCGAUUCGAGCUCGGAUUCGGAUUCAGAUACAGACUCGGAUUGA